GACUUGACAGGUGACCCAACAAGAGAUAAUAAUAUUAAUUUAAUUAAUAACAAAAUCUUGUGUUUAUUGUUAUUUCUGAUAAUUUCAGGUAAUUGAGAAUCUGAUAUGAAAUGGUUGACCCAAAUUUCGAACAAGCCCUCAUAGGGCUUGGUAAAAAACAAGACAGCAAAACUGUUCUGAAAAUAUUGGUACACAUCAGAAGGGAAGUGGAGUGGCCCAAAAAUAUAGAAAACAUCACAAAACUGCGAGAAAAAGGAUGUUUGAAACACCUGGUAGGCAUUUUACAAAUGCCACAAAAACACAUUUUGGAUGUGUGCCUGAGCAUUUUAGGAAACUGCAUCAUGGAUAAAGGCUGUGCCAGAGAAACUAUUGGUACCUACAACAUUUUGUCCCCUUUGAACCAUUUGCUCAGGCAUUUCCCUAAAGAAGACAGUAUCAAUGGCAGGAUUUUCAGAAUAUUGGGGAAUAUGUGCCACCACAGGGACCAAUGGGCCAACAUAAUAUUAGACAGGAAGCCUCACAUUGUUAUGCACAUUGUGGGGUUCAUCAAAAGUUAUUCCAAAGAUGAUAUUCCUACUGAGGAAAAGUUUUCUGAAGCUAGUGCAAUAAUGGCCAUCAGAACUUUGAGGCUUCUUUUGAAUAGUCAGACAGUAAUGCCUUUAAUUAAAAGCUAUGGGGUUCUGAAGACUGUUGGCAGCCUCUUGAUAAAACUCUCUGCUGGAUGGCAAGAAAGUAAGGCUAAUGAAGGUGUGCUGAACAACAUCAUCAGACUUUUAUAUGACUAUUCUCGUUAUCAUUGUUACAAUUCCAUUUUGGAGAUGAGGAACACUGAGAGGGGAGACUCCCUGAUACAUUUGUUCAAUGUGCUACUGUUGUCUCCAAAGAAGAUUGUCAAGAUCAUCAUGAACUUCAUCAAGAUCAGUCAGUUGAAGUCAGAAUUGCCAGUGCCAGAAAUCUGUGAUAAAUUCAUUGAGGAAGUUAUGAAGAAAAACUAUGAUACUGAAGAAUUCAAAAGUGAAUGCAUAGAAUACAUCCAGUGCUUGUGCUACUUGCUGGAACAUCCGGCUAACAGGAACAUUGAACGGUGUGCAAAUUGCCUACCGCUUCUCGUCAAAGUACUCAAAAGCUUGGAUAAAGCCACAAACGUUGAGAUAGAAUGUUCUAUUCUUCUAGUAAAAACGUUGAACAAUUUCAAGUACGAGGAGAGUCUCAUAUUGGAACAGCUGAAAUGCGAUGUUGUUCAAGUGGUGUUAUCAAAAUUACACUGGGUGGUUGGCAAUUCAGAGACAUUGAAAAUUGGACAUAAGAGAGUUAGGAAAAGAAAAGGAUCUCAAGCCAUGUUGACGGAUUUGGAGUUCUAUAUUGAAGAUUCUUUGGAUUUCGAGUUUAGUUUUUAUAAGUCGUGCAACCGCUGUCUCCUUUCGCCCCGAUCCCCGCCCCUCAGCGACGACGAGUCCGCCCUUACCGCCCAUCGGGCGUACGACCGCAGCCCCAGCCCCUGUUCGAGCGUCGCCAGCAACGACGCGCGCACCUGGUCGCCGCCCCCGCGUCUCAGUCCCAGCCCUUUCUCCACGCCCCGCCCCGUCUCUAGUCCCCGCCCCUUCUCUAGUCCCCGCCUCUUCGCGUCAGGGGGCGUUGCCGACGACUCGGAUUCGGACGACUAUUCGCCGGUGUGCAGCGAGGCGGAUCCAGGGGAGGAGUUCGCGUUGGAGGAGGAGGAGGAGGAAGAGGAGGUGUCGAUGGUGGAGGAGGGAGAGUUCGAGGAGACGGAAGAGGUUUCUGCUGAAAGUCCUCCAUAUGAAGCGAGCAGCACUAAGAGCCUCAAAGCAAGACUGAUAGUUGAGAUCUCAAAACUCAUCCUUACUUAUUCUCGAAUUCGACCGCCCUUGCCGGAAUUGGGGAAAGAAGACUUAUUGUUGGCUUUGAUAAAAUGUUCAGAUUAUUCUUCGCUGCAAACGUCAGUGACGGUUAUCAACGCUAUAUGUCGAAUUUUACAGUCACAGGUUUACCUGAUUCCUUUGAUGAAAACGACCUUCAUCGAGAACGUCUAUUCGAUGACGUCAUUCCAGCACCCGUCGUGCACCAAGUGCGUCGAUCACUCUUGCGUCGGCCGCCUGAUACUGCGCAGAAUCACAGAAUUGGCAGAGUCGGCUGUGGGCAAGGGGGACAUAGCGCAUGGUUUGUUGCGGGGCAGCGAUGAAGACAAGCGGAAGUUGGUGUUGACCAUCCCGUAUAUAUUCACGAAUAAAUCCAUUUUAGCCAAACUGAUGUUGAAUUGCGGGGGCUUGGGAGUCCUAAUGGGCCUUCUCAAAGACGAUUCCAGUUUGAAAGAGCGCACUAUCAAGGUGUUGUGCGCGUUGGCCGCAAAGCGUCUCGAAAUAGCCAACCCUAAGGAAGUAUCCAUUGACGCGGGGAGCCAUUCGAGUACCGACCUUCACCCCUCUUCCGAAGAGAGUUCCUGCACGGUGGAGUUCGAACUAGAUGACGGGUCGCGCCUCCAGACGAAUAGGGCUUUUCUGAUGGAAAAAUCCGAGUUUUUCCGGUGCCUGUUGGACGGAAGUUUCAGGGAAAGCGGCGAGACGGUGGUGCGGUUGCGCGACGUGGAGAUGAAGAGUUUGAGGAGUUUGGUGGAGUUGAUGAAGAACGAGGAUAGGAUCCAGAAGACGGUGCGCGGUCUCGACACCCGCACCCUGCUCGACGUCAUCGCCCUCAGCGACCGCUUUCUCUUGCCGCGCUUAUGCGCGCGCCUCUGCGACUGCGUUGAGCGCCACAAGAUGUCGGUCCGCACGGCGCCCGCCAUCUACCGGUGGUCGCUGGAGUCGCGGCUCGACCUGCUUCGGGUGGAGUCGGUCGCGUUCGCUCUGGUCGCGAGGGUGAGCGACAAGAGCCGAACGGCGAUGUUUGAGGGGCUGUUCGCGUUGGGGCAUGAUGAGGAGUUGAUAGGGGACAUCGAGGGAUUGUUGGUGAGGUAUUUGAGUAGGUUUCGGGGGGUCGCGGUAUGAUUGCGUGUGAUUGUUUUAAUAAUAUUGUACAGAGAUUGAAUUAAUUAUUAUGAAAACACGAUGUUCUGCAUUU